AUCUGACAUCACUAAGUCGUAUUCAAGUAAGUUUUAUCAACGAUAAUGUUCAGAUCAGCCACAAUGUCUCUCAAGAUUCUGCACCCUGGCUCCAAGAUACCACGGAACCACAGCGUGAGGUUCACCAGCGAUGACCUGCCGAAGUACAAGUCAAUGGAUUCUCCAGAAACGAGUUUGCCAAACUACACUAGCUCUCACUUCGUCGGAGACGACUCGGGGGCUCCGAGUCCUGAGGGAUGCCACUUCCAGCCGGCCGCCCAUAGAUUCAGGAUCAAUGAACAAAGAAUCAAACUCCUAACUGCCAUUAACCAGGUUGUCCAACAACGUGCGGACUUGGAGUCCAACAGAGUGACCCUCUCCAAUCUCUUGGAAGACCUGAAGAGGAAGCUCAAGAGAAGAAUAGAAGAAUGUCACUUCGAAAAGAAGGAGAAAAUGAAGGCUCUAAAGCAAGCCAAUCAAAGGUUAGAGAGGGAAAAGUUCAACAUCGUGACAGAGAUAGAACAUCUGAAGAGACAUCUGGAGAGAGAGGAGUCUCAUCAUAUGCAACAUGCGAGGACAGCAGUGGCACAGGCAAUCCAAGGCGUGACCAAGCUCAACUCUGACCACAUCUUCACUCCAUGCUCAGUCGCUGAUCUACCGAGCAUCGUCAGCAGGAAUGUGGCUAAAAACGCCCCGUCCAGGAUCGCUGACAACAAAUUGGCAGCUGCUCGCCUGAUGCGAGACAUCGCCGAGCUGAGGCAACGAGUGGCGCAAGUUGAAGCUCGCCUUGCUAACGAAAUGAAGCGUAAAAGGCAGGCUGAGCUCGACAUUAUUCGACUGAGGAAGGAGCUGUCUACCACCAAGAGCUGCGUCGCAUCUCUACGGAUGCCACUUCAGCCGCUGAGGAAGCCCUGCGCGAAAUUCGCUUAAAAGAACAUUGUUUUACACCUGAGGAACUUUAUAAAGAAAUGUAGUUAUGAAAUGUUACAUGAUUUAAAAAAAAAACAUGGAUAAUUGCGAUUUGGACUCGUGCACCUACCUUAAACUAGGUGUUCAGCGGUUAAUUUCCUUUAUUGCAAGGAUUUUGAAAAAUAUUAUUACUUCUUUACUUGCUAUAUUUUAUUAAAAAUAUUAUUGAGAAAUAUCGUACAUCAGGGUGCCAUUUUGUUGCACUAACUUCAUUGUCAAAUGACUCAUUAAAACUUGCGAGGUAAAUAACCAAUGUGAAACGUCCCUCAUUAAUUAAAUACUUCCAGUUUCUUUAACUCAAUUUAAUCCCGAUAUAAGUAGGUACCUAUCUUCCUUCACAUUAUCAUAUAUAGAAAUAAAUC